UGGCGCCGACGAGGCAGGUACAGGCCGGCCUCUUGCCAUGGGGCACUGUCGCCUCUGCCACGGGAAGUUCUCCUCCCGGAGUCUCCGCAGUAUCUCCGGCCGGGCGCCAGGGGAGAGCUCAGAGAGACCACCGCCAGGGGCGCGGGUUUUCACCCGGGACUUCCAGCGCCUGCUGGGGGUGGCCGUCCACCAGGACCCAGCUCUGUCUCAGUUUGUCUGCAAGAACUGCCACGCCCAGUUCUACCAGUGCCACGGCCUCCUCAAGUCCUUCCUGCAGAGAGUCAAUGCCUCCCCGACGGGCCACCGGAAGCCUUGCAUGAAGGUUGGUGCCCAGCCCCCGACAGGGGCGGAGGAGGGAGCGUGCCUGGUGGACCUCAUCACCUCCAGCCCCCAAGGCCUGCGCGGCUUGGUGGGGUGGGUGCACGGACACGCAGCCAGCUGUGGGGCCCUGCCCAGCCUCCAGAGGACGCUGUCCUCUGAAUAUUGCAGCGUCAUCCAGGCUGUGUGGGGCUGUGACCAAGGCCACGACUACACCAUGGACGCUGACUCCAGCUGCCGGGCUCUCCUGCUGGACAGCACAUUGGCGGUCAAAUGGACGUGGGACAAGGAGGUGGUCCCACGGCUCACCCAGCAUCGGGGGUCCAGCCCCACGGGGGCUGCCCCUCAGAGCUCCUGGGGCAGAGCGAGCACAGCUGAGGCCGAGACCGAGACGCUGCCUGGCGUGGACACAGCCCAGCCUCCUGCAGAUGGCAGCCUCGUGGGGCCUGGGCCGGGCCCUCUGCCUCUCCCAGGCCUCCCCCCGAGUGGGGCCCCAGGGCAGUUGGGUGAGAAGCAGGUUCCGGCUUCAGCCGCGGAUGAUCGGGUAAAAGACGAGUUCAGUGACCUUUCUGAGGGAGACUUCCUGAGCGAAGACGACAGUGACAAGAAGCAGAACACCCAGUCCUCAGACGAGUCCUUUGAGCCUUACCCGGAAAAGAAGGUCUCUGGCAAGAAGAGUGAAAGCAAAGAAGCCAAGAAGUCUGAAGAACCCAAACUCCGGAAGAAGCCCGGCCCGAAGCCAGGCUGGAAGGCCAAGCUGCGCUGUGAGAGGGAGGAGCUGCCCACCAUCUACAAGUGCCCCUACCAGGGCUGCACGGCUGUGUACCGGGGCGCCGACGGCAUGAAGAAGCACAUAAAGGAGCACCACGAGGAAGUUCGCGAGAGGCCCUGCCCCCACCCUGGCUGCAACAAGGUGUUCAUGAUCGACCGCUACCUACAGCGCCACGUGAAGCUCAUCCACACAGAGGUGCGGAACUACAUCUGUGAUGAGUGUGGACAGACCUUCAAGCAGCGGAAGCACCUCCUUGUCCACCAGAUGCGCCACUCCGGAGCCAAGCCUCUGCAGUGUGAGGUCUGUGGGUUCCAGUGCCGGCAGCGGGCGUCACUCAAGUACCACAUGACCAAACACAAGGCCGAAACCGAGCUGGACUUCGCCUGUGACCAGUGUGGCCGGCGGUUUGAGAAGGCUCACAACCUCAACGUGCACAUGUCCAUGGUCCACCCUCUGACGCAGACCCAGGACAAGGCCCGGCCCCUGGAGCCACCGCCUGGGACCACGGAGGGCCAGGCUGUGAAGCCCGAGCCCACCUGAGGGCGCUGGGUGGGAAAUGGGGUUGAAACGAUUAAUGGCUCCUCAUGGCAGCCCCAAGAGCCCCACUCUGCACCCCAGCCCUGCGUGGGUGGUGUGGGCUCCGUGCAAGGCACGGGCAGACUUGGUGCCUCCACUCCGGGACCAGCAGCUUAUUUUCAUGCAAACUCUGUGUGACUUGGGGCCAGACGCAGAUUUUAAAUAAUUGAUCCCUCUUCCCCACUAAAGCAAUCGAGGACAUUUGUAAUCCAUUCUUUAGUGCAACAAGAGCUGCACGUUG